AUGGUGGCGGCGCCACUCUCAUACCGUCGCCUCUUUGGUCGCUGCGUCGGUUACUUCGUGGGAGGCACGGCCGUUGCGACAGUUGUUGUGAUGAUACCGCCGUUGGAACUUGUCCCCGCGCCAGUCUUGCCAGCACGGGUGUUGCUUGAGGGCGUUGGUCGUGUGUGUCGUUGCGUAUAUGUUGCCGGGAACAUCCUAAUGGAUUAUCAACUGAACCUGCAGGAAGGGGAUUCACAAGAGGCGUGGAAUGCGGUCCAUCUCCGUAGUGCCUCUCGCCUUGUAGAACUUGCAGAAACAAACGGUGGGCUUUACGUCAAGGCGGGACAAAUUUUUGCCAACCUGAGUCACAUCCUGCCGCCUCAAUACUGCACCACGAUGGCGGCUCUGCAGGACGCUGUUAUUUCACGUCCCUUCUCGGAGGUUUUGGCGACGAUUGAACGUGAUCUGCAGCGUCCCAUUGAUGAUAUAUUCUCGGAGAUUGAUCCCCAUCCCAUUGCUGCCGCGUCACUCGCCCAAGUUCAUCGUGGGCGGCUCAAGAAGGAGCAGGUGGAGGUGGCGGUAAAGGUGCAGUACUUAGACAUUGCCCAUCGGUUCCGUGGGGAUAUGAGGACGAUCCAAUUGAUGCUAGGCAUUGCGGGUUUCUUCUUUCGCGGAUACGACCUCUCAGAGAUUGUCUGCAAGUUAAACAACACGGUGGCGAACGAAAUGGAUUUUACUCUGGAAGCCGACAACUGCGAACGAGCAGGGCGGGAUUUGAAGGCCGGUGGAUUUGGGAAUCGCGUCGUCACAGUGGACGUCCUGCGUGACUACACCACAAGACGUGUAUUGACCACACGACUGGUGGCAAACGCUGCCAAGAUAUCCGAUCGUCGUGCCAUUGAGGCGCUGGGUUUAAAAACCCGAACCGUUGCCGCCUGGCUCUACGACGCGAUAGCAUACCAGCUCUUUAUCACAGGCUUUGUACACGGCGACCCCCACGCGGGGAAUAUUCUUGUGCACCGCCUCUCGAAUGGGCAGCCGCAAGUUGUGUUGCUUGACUUUGGUCUGUGCACAGAGUUGUCGGACGAGAUGCGUGCCGAGUUAGCGUGUAUCUGGACCGCCGCUGUCACACAUGACACCCCUACGCUAAAACAAGUUGCAAAGCGUUUUGGGUGUGAGGAUUAUGCGCUCUUUGCAUCAUGCUUCCUGCAGCAUCCGUAUGAGGCAUUUAGUGCAGAGACAAAUCUAACGACAAGAGCAACCAUGGAGAUGAUGCGAGAGCAGGUCCGGAAUAGGAUGCAUGAGGUGAAUAACAUCGUGUCUGGACUCCCGAAGGAAUACGCAUUAGUGUUACGAAAUAUCAUGGCUGUCAAGGCGAUCAAUAGGGAGCUUCAGAGGCCUGUCAACCGUCCACUGCGUAUGUUACGAUACUCGGCCGUUGUUGCCAGAAGGACAAGCUCCCGAUGGCAAUUGGGUUUUAUGCUUUUGCGAGCUUGGUGGUCUGAGAUCAUCUCCUCGUUGUUGAUGCUGUACGCUGAAUGGCGUUAUCCCCAGUUGAUGCAGAUGCUGGACGACUCUUUGCAAGUACAAAUUAGUGGCUAA